AUGGCUUCCAACCUUCUACUCAUCGUCCUCCUCGUACUCUUCUCUCUCUCUGUAACUUCUGUAUAUUCUCUUUCCACAAGAGAUACUGUCUCAAAACAAGAAGAUGAAUCAUAUUUUAUGGCUAUGAGUGAUCAAGGAUCGUCGAUGAUCAAUGUUGAUGAUCUAGCGAAAGCUCGAAGUCUUCAGGCCCUAGUCGCUGGAUCAAAAGUGGUUAAGAAUAAAAAAUCUAAGAGCACUUCAACCAAGAGCACAAAACAAAAAAGGCUCAAAGUAUUGGACAAGAAAAAAUCAAGGGGUCAUCGGAAACUCAGACUUCAAAAACAGAGGACCAUGUCUAAAGAACAUCAUUGCAACCAUCACCUCCGGGCUGGCUAA